UCCAUCCUGUGGUAGUUUCCUCUAUUUCCAGAUGUCAACGUCCUGAUUCGGACACGUAUACGGAACAAAAACAAAAUAAGAAACAAAUGCAACCGCUUCGAACCGGUUAAGCCUUCGAUAAACUUGGCGGGUCUUCUAGCGGUAGCAAAAUCCCCACAGCACACUCUACUGCACCAACUCGGAAACGCUGCUUCCCAAAUGCUGUCCCUCGCAAAACGACUCAAGAACUCGCCGUCAUGCUUCCAGGCUAGUGCGGCCGCCGCCACCCCACUUCGCUGGGCCAGGACCGAGUCCGGGCCAUCUCGGCGCCGCCACAAGUCUCCCGCCAUGGCCAUGCGGAAGCAAGAGCAGAAGUCCGAGUGGUGGACUGUCGACGGCGAAAUCCACGAGAUCGGCGAUCACGCUCCACGUGAGCGGUUCGUCAUUCCCAGGGACAACAUCCCCAACAAGCGCCGUAAGCAGCUCAGAGACCAGUUCAUGCGCCGCACACGCCUGGUCCUCAAGGAAACGGUUCGUUUUUGCGAAUUCUGUGGGUUUGUAUUAAUGUGAUUGUACUUUAAUUUGUUGACAGGAACACGAGCCUUGGUGCAAAAGAUACAUGGAGCUUUAUCAGGAGCUUAGGGAAAAUUGGGAGAGAC